CGUAAAAAGAGUCAACAUAUCUCAAAAGUACGUGCUACUGCAUGUAAAUCUCAACUUGCAGAUUCGCAAAGCUUGAACGCAACCAUUCAGGCAAUGAUUAUGAAAGAUAAGCUGGAACUAAGAGCUGAAAAACGUCAGCAAUUGAAAUCUAUACACAAACAAAAUUUGGAACAAGAAAACUUUAAGGAUGACGAAU